AUGCCACCCCCAAAACGCAUGAGCGACAUCCUCGCAUCCUCGUCCAUCGACGCCCCCAUCGCCCCCUCCCCCUCACACGCCCGCCCCUAUUCCAGCGAUGGCCCCACGCUGCCCCUCCUCAGCGCAUCGACCCUGCAAGUCGCCCCAAACGACCGGAAACGCAAACGGGCACCUGCGUCCGAGGUACAGGGGCGCGAAGAGGGAGGGCGGGGUGGUGCGGAAAAGGCUGCGGAAAGGAGGGGGACGCAUCACCCUGCGUUGUAUAAGCCGUGGACGCUACUUCCCCCGAAACUGAGCAAAGUAGUGGAGGAGAUGCAGCGUGGGCGUGAGAACGGGGCGUCUGGGGUCGAAGUCGUGGUGUUCAGCAAGAAUCAAAAUGUCAGAUCUGGAGUCAACAGAUUGAAAAAACACAUUUCUUCGGCUCCGCGGAGAGGUGAUGCUGAUACGGCGGACUUGCUGGCCGUGUCUGCGCAGGGCGCCGCGGUCGUGAAACUCGUUGGCAUUGUGGAUGUUGUGCGGAGGGUGGUUGGUGCUGCUGCUGCUGCUCCCACUACAGAGAAGGAGGGGGAGGAAGAAGGAGAGGAGAAGAAAGAACGGGAGGUCGUCAAGUGGUACACAUACCCAGUCCUUAGCCACGUCCUUGUCCCUGCUGGACCGCGACGACGGGGAGGAUUGGCAGAUGGACAGCCGGGGUACGAGCCGGAUACAAUCGACGUCCUGGAUCCUAUGGAUGUUGACGAAGAUGGCGAUAUCGACUCCCACAUUAACAACCCCGCCACGAAGACCACAGACUCGGGAACCGCACAGAGCAGCACGAGAGCCGGCGAUGGAGAACACGCCGGGGCCGCAGAUGGAAACAGAAGGGAAGAUGGGGGUGCAGAUGAAAAGCAGAAAACCAUUCCCGUCCUCACAAUCUGGAUCGCGCGGUCGCGUAUACCGAGUUUCGCCGAUGCCUUUGGGGAGGGCCAGGUUCUGGUGUGCUGA